AGCAUCAUGCCGAAGUGCAAAGUGUCAACUACACAAACGUUUGCGCCUACAAGGCUGCCACUUUGCUCUCGGCCUACUUUGCCCUCCGCCAGACCUGCGACGUAGUCCUCUGUUCCCCCCGCCAAACGACACAACGUAGACAGCCGCAUCUGCGCAACUGCAGCCCAACGACCGCCAUGAACGCCCUCUUCAACUCCGCCCUCCGGCAAUCGACCAGCAUCCGCAAAGACCUGGACCUCUUCGCCGACUCCGCGACCCCCUCGCCCGCGCUCCAGGGCCAGAUCUCGGCAAGCCUCACUUCGUUCGCGCGCACCAUCGAGGACUACGCCAAGCUCGCAAAACAGGAGCCCAUACAAACCAAGCAGGAGAAGGCGUUUGAGCGGGUGAAAAACUUCAGGGUGGAAUUAGACGAGUACCGCGAUAACUUCGGCCGCAUAAGAAGCGCGAAUGAAGACGUGCAAACAACCCAAGCCCGCACCGAACUUCUCGGCCGCCGCCCGCACCACGCCUCCACGCCCGAGAACCCCUACGCCCAGCCCAACGUCACCGCCGCCGCCGCACAACACUCCGCUUUCGCCCCCAACCGCCCGUACAACGCCGCCGCGCCCUACACCGCAAACCCGUACUCGGCCGGCGCGCCCGCCGGAGCAGACUACAGCCGCGAGUCGCAUGCCUUCCGCGAGAACACCUUCAUGAACAAGACGUCGGAGCAGCUUGAUGAGUUUUUGGAUCGGGGAAGGGCGGUGCUGGGCGAUUUGGGGAAUCAGAGGGAUAUGCUAAAGGGGACGCAGAAGAGGCUGUACAGUGUGGCAAAUACGCUAGGGAUCAGUGGGGAUACGAUUCGCAUGGUCGAGCGGAGGGCGAAGCAGGAUAAGUGGAUUUUCUGGGCGGGUGUCAUCGUUUUCUUUUUGUUCUGCUGGCUGGUGCUGCACUUCCUGCGGUAGCUGGCAUGCAUUGUGAGGAAUGUUGGAACCGAACUGUCCUGUUCGUGUUUGUGUUUUGGGCAUGCAUUUGGGUUGGAGCGGCAAUCAUCGGGCUUAGCGAGGUGUCUG